AUGCUUGCCACCAGUCUCGUCGUUCUUCUCUCUUCUUCGCUUCUCGUCAGUGCACAGAACGCCCAGCUCGAAGUACAGUCCAUCGACGCUCAGUUCGACAACGCGUACCUUGUUCCCGAUCUCCUUGCGAGCUUUGACCCCACUGCUUACCUCACUGUAAGCUAUGGUGGUAGCUCUGUCGCUGCUGGUUCUCCGCUAGGCCUUGACGCUGUCCAGGCUGCACCCACGAUCACUGUCACGCCCGCCAACUCGUCGGUUCAACUUGGUGAGACAUUCACCCUCGCCAUGGUUGACCCAGGAGCGGUUGGCGUCGUCUCUGAAACUGGACCAACUCGCCACUGGCUCGUCAAUGGUGUCACCAUCGGCUCGAAUGGUGCCUUGACUGUCCCCGCGACUGCCAUCACGGCUUAUGGAGAGAAUGACCCACCACACCGUUAUGCCAUCAUCCUCUGGCAACAACCCGCUUCCUUCACUCCCCCCGCUGAUUUGUCCGAGCCCAACCAACCCAUCACUCAAUUCGACCUCAACGCUUACGUUAGCGGAUGGUACUUCACUUGCACUCGUGGAACUGCCACUGCUGCCACCUCAACCUCUGCUGUCAACACUGCAACCUUGCCAGCUGCUAGCAGCGGAUCUUCCACCGGAACCGGAAGCCCUUCGAGCAGUGCUACUCACUCCACCUCUAGCACUGGAGCUGCACUUUCCAACGCCGCUGUUGCUCCUUUCGGCGUUCUUGCCAGCAUUGCCGCUGCCGUCUUUGGCAUCGUCCUUGCAUAA